UUAUUUAAGAGUAUUUUUUCUGUAUAAAUAAAUUUUUGCACUGUACUAUAUCUACUUUGUUUGAUUUACACAGUUUAAUUUUUUUUUUGUAACAAAAAAAAGAUUAAAUUGUGUAAAUCAAACAAAGUAGUUAGCACAGUGCAAAACUUUAUUUAUUCUUCUCCAUUCCAUUCCAAGUCUUUAAAGCUCUAUUAUUAUCUCCUAAACUAUUCAUGGUAUAUACGGUUGUAGUCUGUCUAAAAACAAAAACAAAUAAUCCUGGUGACAUCAAAUUUGAAAUCCACCAAAGAUUUGCAUUUAUUUCAUCCAAGCUUUUUCACAUAAUUCCAUAAAAUAAAUGAAGAUGAAAAUGGUAUACAUUGGUUAAGAGCAUUUCCAACCCAUCUCUAUUUCUACCUCUAUAAUAGCAUUUAGAGGCAAAACCACUCCAACCCAUCUCUAUUUUUGCGUCUAAAAUAGAGAUUGCUAUUUUCUCCUCUAUUUAUAGAGGAAGAAAUAACAUUCCUCUAUAUUUUACUCUAUAUGUAGAGAUCUCUAUUUUAGAGAAAUACAUUGGAGUAAAACCCACUUCUAUUAUAGAGUUCCUUUAUUUUAGAAGUAAAAAUAGAGAAAUACAUUGGAAAUGGUCUAAGUAUGGGUGAGAGUGGAUAACAAUGGGCGGAAUGACGAUUGCCACGGGUUUAUACGAGAUGAAAACUUUGUGUAUAUAAUUUCUAGUGAGAUGUAUAUUUAAUCAAGAUCAUGAUGCGUCUAUCAAUGUGUAAAACUCAAUCUUGAAAGUACAGUUAUGGCAGAGAUUGACGAUGACCCAGUUCAAGUUUAGAAAUUUAAACAAACGUUACGAUGUAUGGAAAAAAACAUGGUGUCGCUUUAUGUCAAAUCACUCCUGAAUAUCAUGAUGAUGUUUCCAUCUCUGGGCUGUAAUCAAAUCAAUGUAUCUAUGUCAGUAUAGCUCGAGUAGUGGUCAAAGAUUAAAUGAGGACUCCGAACAAGUGAACCAUAUAACUGCUUCUUUCCUUUUUUUUUUUUAUUUAUACAAUAAGGAUUUUCAAAAUAUCUUAGUAAAAAAUACUUUUCAAAAUAGUAUACGAAUUUCCACAUGUUGUAUAGUACUAAAAAUGUCUCGAUUUCUAGAAUUUGUUUUAUCCUACGGUCUGUGUAUAUUAAUGAAAAAAGUUGUUGCCAGGCGGGUGAGGCGUGCAGGUAUGCGGUUCGUAUGAACAAAUAAAAACGCAAGUAAGUGGAACUUGUGGGCAGAAGAAACUAAAGGAAGAUCAAACUAAAGCUAUGGGUCGACCAAUCUUUAUAUCCACUAUGUAUUUAUUUCCAUUUUUAUCAAUGUUGCUUCUAAUUAUAAAUUGAAGCGACUCAAAGCAUUCUUUGGAUCCUUUAGCCGAAUAUCUUUACAUUUGGCCUCACCUAAUAUAUUAAUUCAUGCCCACCAACGGAAAUAGUGUCUGUUUCUCUUUGUUAAUGGUGUGUCUGUUUGAUUUGUAUAUGUUAUAUAUGCAAUUUAGUUAGUCAUCUUCAUAAACUUUAGAUACUUUUAUACGACAAUCCAAUGUGCUGUAUAUUAUUAGAUUGUAAAAGAAUACAGUGUGAAAAGAUAUAAACUAAAGAGAUAGAUGCGAAUAUAUUCGGACAACACUUUUCAUGUGUGACAACUUACAAUUUUGGUUUUCUUUGAACUUGCUUUUUCGGUAGUCUAGUUCAAUUCCAACAUAGUGUAUAUGGUUAAAUGUGAGAGAUCCAUCUAAAAAUAUAUAUUUUCCUGUUAACCAAAGCACUAUAACGAACAUGUUUUAUCAAAUUUCUCACAAUCAAAAUAACAAAAAUGAAAUUUAUUAAAAUUUGAGUAAUGUUUUCCAAACAAGAAAUUCUGAAUUUUUUUAAAAAGUCUAUCAACAUGUGCCAUUAUAUAAAUGGAUUAUUUUACGUUGAAAGUAUAUUAGUAAGUAAUAUUAAUAUAUGUGCCCAAAAAAAUAAUAUAUAAUGUGAAAUAAUUAUUUAUUUUUUUGGAUAAACUCUAUCGGCUGAUCCGGUCGACUUCGGGAAAAACGCACUUAAUGCUACAGAGUGGACUGGCUACCACACUACAUGAUCCAAGUUUAGAAUACCUUCUAACUAAUAUCAGAGGAUGAACUGAUCAUAUGUUACGAUCUACCAUGUAAACCACUUGGACCGAACCGAUUUGUGGAAGUUAUUCACUAUUAAGAAUGCUCUAAAAUAAGUAAAUGACAGAAACCUAUAAGAAUUUCGAAGGGAGAUUUUGGGUUUAAAUCAAUUUAAAAUAGAACGUAGAGAAGAGUUUGGACUGUGGGCUUCCAGACAAAGUCCGUAGAUGUCUCUGCAAUACAACUUGUAUUAUACAAGGUACAUUAUUUUAUACACACGUGAUUCAUGGCAGUAUUUUUUGUUUUCUUUUUUUGAAGCACUUUUUCUUUUUGAAACACCGUAGAAUAUUUAUCGGAGCCAUGUGAAUAAGCAUCAUAUUACGGUUAAACUAAUCAUAGCAUCAUAUUUAGUUUUAUUUGAAUAAGCUCGUUCUUGGUUUCAUUCACACGUGGUAAUUAGUUUAACCGCGCGUAUUUAUAUGAGAUCAGAUCAAUUUGCAUGUAUCAGAAAACAGUCCUUAAAUUAAGGAUCCGAAAAGAAUAAUAGCAAUGCACUUUCUUUAUAUAAUUAAAUAUUGAAAGAAUCAUGAUUUGGUGAAAACAUAAACCAAACAAUAAUACCAAAAAUAUUGGUUAAAAAACAAAGAAGAACGAGCGAUACCAAUCUAAAGUGGUGAAAGAGCGGUUGUUUUACGGAUUCCAUACGGCUCACGUGAAAACCUGAUUCGUUCUUACUAGUUCUUACAUCACUUUUCAUUGUUGCCCGGUCCAAUUUUCUUUUUAUUUAUUUAUGUUACUCUUGUUUGUUAAUAACAGCUGUAACUCGUUCAAAUUUCUUUUUCCUUUUCCUGUCAACUCGUUCAAAAAUUAUUAACAAGAGAUAACCUUUUAUUUCAGAAUUCCAUAAACAGAGUCAACAAUUUAGUGUUUUUAUGUCAAAAAAAAUUAGAGUUUUAAUAUAUCGAAAUCAACAACAAAAGUAAUUGGAAAAGUACAAGAAAAAAAAGCUCAGUUAUUUAAAGAAAACAAUAAAAAAAAAUAAAAAAAAAAGGAAGCAAAGAAAGUCUAUAAAAAGAGACGCUUGGGGAGAGGCUUGGGUCCACUUCCAUUCUUCCACUUCCUUCUCUAAAAAAAAUACUUUUACUGAGUCUCAGUCUCACAUUAGAAAUGGAUUCCAUCGAUUUCGACAGCGUGAAAGCAGAGAAAGCCAAUGCGCUGCGUCGUUUCCAGAGCAUUGGUUUCCUCUUCCGCAUAGCUGAGAUCUGCGCUGCUCUUCUCUUCGUCUGUUGGAUAUUCACUUCCCUCCCUUUCGCCGUUCGAAUCUCCGGCGAGUUCCUCCGCCGUCUCUCCUCCGUCGUUUCCACUCCUCUCUUCAUGUUCGUCCUCACAAACUCCAUCGUCGUCGCCCUUCUCACCACCAAAUCCACCGUCUUCUCCGGCGGAGCAGAGGCGGAUAUCUACCGUGCGUUCAGCAGAUCCGGAGAGAGUCGCGUCAGUUCUUCCGACGGAGAUCUGACGGGAGAGACAGUCUUCUUGGACGACAAAGAGAUGAUCGGCGCGGAAACCGAUUUAAAUUCAAAUUCGAAUCCGACGGUGGCGCGUGGUGAUCACGUGACGACCGAACCGGAGAAGGACUCGAUUACUGUUACUGGUUUAACGAAUGAUCCUCCUCCGACGACGACGAAGGUCUAUAAAAGAAGCAAAACGGAAAUCUCUGCGAAACAGAGUCCGGAGACGGUGACGAAACCUACGCUCCGGCGAUCGGAGACGGAGAAGUGCCGUGAAACCGUUGAGUCGUGCGAAGAAGUGCCGUUUCCGGAGGAUAAUCUAACAAACGAAGAGUUUCAGAAAACGAUCGAAGCAUUCAUCGCGAAACAGUUGAUAUUCCGUCGCCGAGAAUCUCUCGCCGUCGUUAUCCAUAAUUAAAUUAAAUAUAAAUAAGUAUAUCCCGACAUAACUAUCUAUGUUGUAUGUUCGAGUUCGAACCAACAAAGCAAGCACAGUUUUGUAAUAGAACGACAAUGAAGAACGAUCGUAUCGAUCUCAUUUUGUUUGUGCUCCUUUCGUUGUUGGAUCAAACACGUAUGAUUUGUUUCUGUAAUGUUCGGAUCAAAUUUGUUGAACGAUUCAGGAUUAAUAUGAACAGUGCUUUAUCUGUUUUCUGUA